GGGGAGGAAAGAGCAGGGAGGGAGUUGUUGGCGAUGUUGGCGGAGUGCGAUGUGGCGGAAAAUUUGACGAAGGCGCUCCGGCCGGAUUCAGCGACAGAGUCGAUCGUUACGUCCUAUCAAGUCGACGCAUUGCGCGCGUUACGCCGCUUAUCCACCUGCGAGGCAUGCGUUGAGCGGAUGCUUGGAGCCGGAACAUUCGAACUCCUCAUCUCCACAACCCACUUCACAUCCCACUCCUCCUCAACGUGCGCCAUCAUCGUCGAAAUACUGUGGAACGCGCUAGAGACGCAUCACGGGACACGGGUUGCCGACGUUCUUUCCACCGAGCAGGGCGUGCUGGAUACACUAUGGCGGCUGCUGAUUAGGGAAAACCCCAUGGGGACUGGGAAAGGCGAGGAAGAGCCCGGGAUGUGGUUUAUUGCGCAGAAGGAGAUGUUUGCGUUGCUGGAGAGGUUUUUGGAGGAUGGAUUAUUGGAUUUUGUUUUGGACCAUCUUUCUUUCACCGACCUCCCGCCUUCGAUCGGGUGUUGGUCCUUGCGGCAUCUCAAGGGGCUUCAGAUGCAGGCCCUCACAAUCCUCCAACACAUCCUCACCUCCACCCUCCGUCCCUUCCACGCCCACCCGACACUGCACACCACCCUCCUCUCGUUCCUCGCGCAGGCCCUCGAGCAAGACCCACCGACGCGAUGCCCCCACGACAACGGCGGCAACGCGACGUCGGAGUAUGUGGGUCUGGUCCCGGGCGUGCUGCGGACGCUGGUGCUGAUGUGCGAGAGCGAGGGGAGGAAUUGCGGGGUGUUGGGCGAGAAGGGUAUUUUUGAGAUAUUGCUUGAUAUCCUGAACCAUACACCCGCACUUCCGCACCCCACCCGCACCACCACCCUCACCCUCCUCACCACGCUCCUCACGCCCCUCCCAAACCGCCACAUCUUCGCCUCCCACCCCCACGCCAUCCCCACCCUCUUCACCCACCUCCCCCUCACCCCCCUCGGGGCCCUAACGACUCUCUGGGCCUCCCUCCCACCCUCCCUGAACGCCAUCCUCGCGCACGACGGGAUUCAGAAGGUGCUGGACACGCUGGUGUGUGUGGGUGAUUGGGAACGGUUAGGGGCCGGGUUGGGGUUCUUGUGUGACGUGUGCGAGGUGGAGGGGUGCAGACGUGUUGUGAGGAUGUGGCGGGAUGGGGAGGGGAGGGGGGUUGUGGGGUGGCUUGUGGGGCUUUGGAGGGGGGUCGAGGGGGAGUUGGGGGUGCCACAGGGCCCGCAAGGCUCGCUCGUGAUCUCCACCCUCCCUCCCAGCCCGGGCACGACCACCCCGCUGAUCCGCAACCCGCUCACCGGCACGCGCACCGUCAAACCGCUCGCGCACCAGCACCACGAGCCGGCGCUCCAGGACGAUUUCACGGAGGAGUUGGAGGAGGUCGGGUGGAAUCUGCGGGCGAAAGUCUGGGCGUUGGUGCAGUAUCUCGGUCCCCCGGGUCUGGAUGCGAAUGGGACUCAUCGGGAGGGUGCGGAGGAUCCCGACGCGGACGGCGCCGAAGACCUGACCCCCGAAGACAAAGUCAAACUCGUCCUGAUCAACAGCUACCCGACCUUCAAGCACCACCUCCUCCUGCGCACGCUGCACACCUCGCUCUACAAAUCCAACAUCGCCCCCACGGCCCCCGACCGCGCCGUCCUGGCAGCCUCCGAGCGCAUCCUGCUCUCCAAGAUCCACGCCAUCCACGCCGAGCAGCAGCGGAUCAUCGCAAAGCAUGUCGAGAGGGUGCAGAGGGAGGAAAGGGAGUUUUGGGGGAUGGUGAAGGGGGCGGUGGGGCUGAUGGGUGUGCAGGAGGGGUGUAGGCCGAGGUUGAGGAUGGAGGAGAAGUUGGGGAGGGAGUGGAGGGCUGUUAGGGCGGGGAGGGUUAGGAUUGGGAGAGAGGGAGGAGGUGUCGGGGAACGGAGUGUGUUGGAGAGGGGCGAUGCGAGGGAGGGGAGUCGGGUUUUGGUGGGAUUGGAGUAGCGAAAAGUCUUUUUGGGGAGCGGACCAUGGGACACUGUUUUUUUGGGGAACGUACUGUACUGUGAUAUGGAGCUUUUUGGGGAUGUUACAUUACCAGUAAUGAUAGGAACAC